CACGCUCCCCAAAGCAUCCAUCCAUAAACUCUUUUUCUUUUCCUCGAGUCUUUACUCACUCGUUCACUCUCUUAGGACUUUGCCGCAUUCCCAUCCAUUAAGAAAGCCGCGUCGAAGAUCCGAAUCCGAUUAUGGUUUCCCGAUUCUAACUCUCCCUCAACCCAACGCUCCAAACACUCCCCUCUACUAGGGUUUCUGCUCUUGCUGCGGCGGCGGCGACCCAGCUAUCAGUCACCAUGAACAUCUUCAGGAAGAAAACAUCUCCCAAAGAAGCUCUUAGGAGCAGCAAGAGAGACAUGGCGGUUGCCACCAGAGGUAUUGAAAGGGAAAUUGCUUCUCUUCAGAUGGAGGAAAAGAAAUUGGUGGCGGAGAUCAAGAAAGAAGCCAAAACUGGGAACGAGGCUGCUACCCGAAUCCUAGCCCGACAAUUGGUCAGGCUUCGGCAGCAGAUCACGAAUUUGCAAGGAAGCCGUGCCCAAAUCAGAGGUGUCGCUACGCAUACACAGGCUCUCUAUGCCAGCACUUCGAUUUCUACUGGGAUGAAAGGUGCAACUAAGGCCAUGGUAGCUAUGAACAAGCAAAUGGCGCCUGCAAAACAAAUUAAAGUGAUCAGAGAAUUCCAGAAGCAGUCAUCACAACUGGAUAUGACGAUCGAAAUGAUGUCAGAAUCUAUUGAUGAAACAUUGGACAAAGAUGAAGCGGAAGAGGAGACAGAGGAGCUUACUAACCAGGUUCUUGAUGAGAUAGGUGUUGAUAUUGCAUCUCAGUUGUCUUCAGCUCCCAAAGGACGUAUUGCAUCAAAGAACGCACCUGCAGCUGCUGCUAGCACCGAGUCUGCUGAUGUUGAGGAACUCGAGAAAAGGUUGGCCUCUCUGCGACGCAUUUGAAUCCCUCAAUCCGGGAUGAAACUUCAUGAAGGGGUGAGGGAGACCUUGUUAGAACCAAGUGAGAUAGUGUUUGUAAAUUUUCCAUUAACGAAUUAAUAGUAACUACCAGACAGUGGAAUGUUUUCUAUGGGAAUGUUGAAGUGACAUUGUUAUUACAUAUAUAUAUAGUUUAUAUUACGUAAACGGUACAUGUUUCCACUUUGCAUGAACUAGAAGCAGCCUACAUGACCGCUUUCUUGAUGAAGGUCGGAUUUGGGGUUUUGGUUUUAUUAAAGGCAGAAUCUUGUUGGUUUGUAUUCGCGGGAAGAGGGGGAAAAGGGCAUAAAGCCAUAAAUCCAUUUCGUGGGACGAAAGGUGAAAUAAGGAAAGGACAUGGAAUGUUCGGUUGGAGACGAGUUGCUACUCUUUCUCCGCAACUUGUGGUCGUAUCUGGGUUUAAGAAUAUGUCCUCUUUGAAGGAAAAACUAAUCGUAGAUGUGAUUCUUUUGUUCUUCUAAAACGAGCGACUUCGAGAAGUCCUUGUAUUUAAGAAAAGGAAAGUUCUAUU